AUGCGAAUAGUUGCAGUCUCCAGCGGAAAAGGGGGCGUGGGAAAGUCCACAGUCGCAUUUCUCCUUGCAAAGUCUCUCUCCCAGAAGAAACGAGUCCUUCUCCUGGACUUUGACAUAACAGGCCCAAGUGUGAGCACUCUUAUGAAGAAUCCAAGCGAGUCCGUCAUUAUGAAAGAAACUCUAACUCCAAUUAAAAAAACAGAUACACUUUCGUACCUGACAAUUGCAGCUAUGAUCCCGAUAGACUCUCCCGUUAUUUGGAAAGCACCAAAAAAGCUCUCUCUUCUGAGCCUCUUCAUGAAAAGUGCAGAUCCUUCACUCUUUGACUUUCUUGUGAUUGAUAUGCCUCCUGGGAGCACGGAUGAGCAAAACUUUCUGUGUGAAAUUUCAGGUGCUGAGAUCGUUAUCGUUACAACAUCGCAGAAUUUGGCCCUGGACGAGGCUGAGAGCGUGAUUGAGGUUUAUAAGGAGGCUGGGAAGGAGAUUCUGGGGGUUAUUGAGAACAUGCGGGAAAUGGCAUGUCCUGAAUGCGGGGAGAAAAUUUCCGUUUUUUCAAAAAAUGGCGGGAAAAUGCUUUCUGAGAGUGUGGGAGUCAGGUACCUGGGACACAUUGACCAGAUUUCCCGGGUGGAGGAUCUUCCUGGGCUUCCCUCCAGUGUAUCCAGUCUUUUGGGCCUUCUCCUGGACGAUGAGACCCACCCUGAAAAAUCCGAAUAA